CAGAACUUGCAAGGCAUCAGAUGGACACAAGAACUGCUCUAGUUUAUGCGGAGAUCACGAUGUUAUCAAUCCUUUUCGGCUAAGAGAGUCUCCAGAGCAGUGUGGUGACCACAGGUACAGCCUAUCUUGCGAGCACAACGAAUUGGUAAUGUGCUGGCAAUCUGAGAGAUACAGUGUUGUGUCCAUUAAUUAUGAGAACUACACAAUCUGAGUGAGGGAUGCUAAUAUUCUAGAGUUGGAUUCCUCUUCCCUUCCUGAGUAUUCUUUAACAUAUGACAACUUUAGCGAUAUGGCUCCAUAUCGCGUCGGCUUUUAUGAGGAGUAUGAAGAUGGACAUGGGACGCGGCAUGAAUUGGGGAAAUAUAUGAUAUACGUAAGGUGUGAACAACCUGUGGAUUCCCCUCGGUUUGUGGACACAUCUCCUUGCUUCAAAAAUUCAAAUGGCUCUGUAGCUUCUUCUUCUUCAUAUUCGUACGUGAAUGUUGGCAGCGAAACUCUCAGUGACUUGGGGUUGGACGAUGAUUGUGGCGUAGAACUUAUAUAUAUGACGUCGGCGCCUGCUCCAAAGAACAACCAGUCUUGGUCCUGCACAGACAUCCACAAUAUGCUUCUUUCUGGCUUUGAACUUUCAUGGCUCAACAGUUUCUGCCCCAACUAUAGAGAACACGCAAUCUUACGUUUCCAUCAAGGAAAUAUGCAACCAGUUUGUAUUCCAAUCUACCACAUAUCCGUACUGAUACAUUCGUGCAUCUGGUGUGGCAUCAGGAAUUUCUGUCGCGCUUAUGGGGAUCCUUUGGUUAAUCGCAGUAACAUGCAUGUUGUUAGGUAAAUAUCCCUUGAUUUUGGCAGACUUGUCUAAUUUUGAAGAGUAGACAGUUCAAUGACUGGCCAAACAAUAGAAACUCAAUACUAGUUUCAGGUAAAGGGUACUUUCUGAUUAUCUAUUUUCUCAUUUAAAUUUUCAUUAACAACGAUGUAUACUGGAGGUAAAUUUGUGCUGGGGGCUCCUUUUGUCAUUGCCCUUUUGAUCUAUAAAUGCCGACGAAGGCACUUAUCAAUGUAUGAAAGCAUUGAAGAUUUUCUGCAAAGCGACAACAACAUCAUCCCUAUAAGGUACUCCUACAAUGACAUCAAGAAGACGACAAAAGGAUUUAAAAUAAGACUUGGAAAAGGAGGCUAUGGCUCUGUGUUCAAAGGACAACUUCGAAGUGGUCGUGAUGUGGCUGUCAAGAUGUUGGAUAAUGCGGAAGCCAAUGGUCAGGAUUUCAUCAACGAGGUUGCAACACUUGGUAGAAUCCACCAUGUUAAUGUUGUGCAACUCAUAGGUUAUUGUGUGGAAGGAUCAAAGCGUGCUCUUGUAUAUGAGUUCAUGAAAAAUGGGUCUCUUGACAAAUACAUUCUCUCUAAACCUAAUGAUAAUGAGCAAUCCUUGAAUCUUCAUCAAUUGUAUGCCAUUUCUCUCAGAGUAGCUCGUGGUAUUGAAUAUCUUCACAAAGGGUGCAAUAUGCAAAUUCUUCAUUUUGAUAUAAAGCCGCACAACAUCCUUCUUGAUGACAACUUCAUCCCAAAGGUUUCUGAUUUUGGGCUUGCUAAACUCUAUCCUACAAAUGAUAAUAUUAUGUCUCUUACAGCAGCAAGAGGAACUAUAGGAUACAUGGCUCCCGAGCUCUUCUACAAAAAUAUAGGUGGAGUCUCCUAUAAGGCUGAUUUGUAUAGCUUUGGGAUGUUAUUAAUGGAGAUGGCUGGUAGAAGGAAGAAUCUGAAUGUGUUGGCUGAGCAAUCAAGUCAAUUUUAUUUUCCUUUUUGGGCUUAUGAUCAGUUAAAUGAAGGGAAUGAAAUUACCAUAGCAGAUGCAACAGAGGAAGAAAUGAAAGUGGCAAGGAAAAUGCUGAUCGUUGGGUUGUGGUGCAUUCAAACCAAGCCUAGCGAUCGUCCUUCAAUGAACAGAGUUGUGGAGAUGCUUGAGGGAGACGAGCAAGACUUGGAAUUACCUCAAAAGCCUUAUCUAUAUCCAAAAGAGUUACCAGCAAGGGAUGAUAAUGCAUAUUCAACACAACGAUCCAACUCAUCAAGCAAUCAUCCUUCAAGGGAAAAGGCUUUUGAAGCAGAGGAGCAAGAGUCAGUAUCGCCUCAGCAGUCUCUUCUAUAUACACAAGAUUCACCAACAAUUGAUGUUAGUGCUCAUUUACUUUCAACGCCUAGAUCCUCUGAUCCUUUAGUGAAUAAUCCUAAAGAGACAACCUCAUUUUUAACUAAACCGAACAGGAAGGAAAUUGAACCAUUUAAAGUGCUAAAUCUUUAA